AUGACGGCCGACGAGUGCGGCCGCCUCUGGGUCAUCGACAGCGGCGCCGUGGACGCCAUCGGCGACAUCCGCGUCGUCUGCCCGCCCCAGAUCGUCAUCUUCGACCUCAACACGGACCGGCUGCUCUGGAGAUACGUGAUCCCCAAGUCACAGACCAAGCCCGAGUCGCUGUUCACCAACAUCGUGGUGGACAUCCGGGACGGGCAGUGCGACGACGCCUUCGCCUACGCCGCCGACGUGUUCCGGUACGGCCUGCUCGUCUACAGCUGGAGGGAGGACCGCUCCUACAGGCUGAGCCACAACCUCUUCUUCCCGGACCCCAUCGCCUCCAGGUUCGUCCUGGACGACGUCACCUUCCGCUGGAUGGACGGCAUCUUCGGCCUGGCGCUGUCGCCGCUCGACAAGAAGACCAAGGACCGCACCAUGUUCUUCCACCCCAUGGCGUCGUUCCGGGAGUUCGCCGUGCAGACGUCCGUCAUCCGCAACGAGACGUACGCCAACGAGCACCCCGACGACUUCAGGAUCUUCCCCUUCCUGGCCGUGUUCCUCUAUGUUGAAGCCACCACAAGGGGCGUUUGCCUGAUAACUAAAGUUCCCCGUUCUGGACGUGUUCCUCCUCAGCUGGGCGUCCGCGGCCGCAACCAGUCCCACUCGUCCGCCUCCGCCAUGGACCGGCGCGGCGUGCUGUUCUUCAACCUGGUGACGCAGGACGCGCUGGGCUGCUGGGACUCGGCCAAGCCCUACGGCCGCUCCACUGUGGGACACGUGGCGCAGGACCACGCGCUGCUCAACUUCCCCAACGACCUGAAGGUGGACCGCGAGGAGCCGCAGAACAUCUGGAUGCUGACCAACCGCCUGCACCUGUACCUGUACCGCAGCCUGAGCCGCGACGAGUACAACUUCCGGAUCCUGACCGGCACGGUGGAGAAGGCCACCGACGGCACCAUCUGCGACCCCCACAAGAUCGGUCCCGCCACGAGCGUCCCCAGGGACAUCGACGCCUGCGACGACCUGUAG